GCAGAGAACACGAUCAGCUGUUAAUAAAAAUAUCGUAAAUAAACAGUAUUGUAAACUUUUUAUGUAGCUACAUUUUAAUUUUAAAGUAUAUUUUUUUAAAAAAAAAAUGAAAAUAAUUCAUACUUUUUUCUAUACAAUUAUUUUUUCAAGAUGAUUUCAACCAGAUACGCAUCGUUUAUCUCGGGAAUUAUAAUUGCAUCGAUAACAUGGGCGUUCAGUCUCUACCUUUACUCAAAACUAACUCAAAAUUCAAAUGUGGUAAAUCCUACGAUGUUAGUUUCGGAAUAUACAAUUCCACUUGAAGAAUCAGUAUUUAAGCAAAAAAUAAUCCAUAGUAUUGGUGAUGGAAGAGUUGGUAUAAAAAGAAAUAGUGAUAAACUCAUUCAGCAAUUGCAACCAGUACCAAUUAAAUCAGCAAUUGGAUUAGAAUAUGGUCUCGACGAAUUAGGAUUAGUACGAAAUAUAGAAGAUCAAAAAAAAAGAGACGAUGGCUACAAAAAAUACGCUUUCAAUGGUUUAGUAUCAGACAACAUCGGAAUAAACAGACUAAUACCAGAUACUCGAAAUAAACUUUGCUCAUCAAUAAAGUACUCAAAUAAAUUACCCAAUGCCAGUAUUGUGAUUUGUUUCUACAACGAGCAUUACAUGACUCUAUUGAGAACAUUGCAUUCUAUUAUUAAUAAAACACCAGAAAAUCUAUUACAUGAAAUAGUUUUAGUCGACGACUACAGUGACGGUGAUGAAUUGCACCAGAAAAUAAACAAGUACGUCAAUGAUAAUUUUUCAGGUAAAGUAAAAUUAUAUAAAACAGAAAAAAGAGAAGGACUUAUCAGAGCUAAAAUAUUUGGAGCCAGAAAAGCAACAGGUGACGUACUUAUUUUCUUGGAUAGUCAUAUCGAAGUAAAUAAAAUGUGGAUCGAGCCCUUACUUUCAAGAAUCGCCGAGUCGAAAACAAUUUUGCCAAUGCCAGUUAUCGAUAUUAUUAAUUCCGAUACAUUUCAAUAUACGGCAAGUCCUCUAGUCAGGGGAGGUUUUAAUUGGGGGCUGCAUUUUAAAUGGGACAAUGUACCAAAAAAUGAUUUAAAUAACAAGGAAGAUUUUGUAAAACCCAUUAAGUCACCAACGAUGGCCGGUGGAUUAUUUGCAAUUGACAGAAAAUAUUUCAUUGAAAUGGGGGAAUAUGAUGCAGGAAUGGACACAUGGGGCGGAGAAAAUUUGGAAAUAUCAUUUAGAAUAUGGAUGUGCGGAGGCAGUAUUGAAUUGAUACCUUGUUCGAGAGUUGGCCAUGUGUUCAGACGACGACGGCCUUAUGGUAAUGAUCAUCAGGUAGACACGAUGUUGAAAAAUUCACUGCGUGUUGCUUAUGUUUGGAUGGACAAAUAUAAAGAAUAUUUUUUAAAAAAUAUCCAACUAGUUGACUACGGCGACAUUUCAGAUCGUUUAGCUUUACGUGACCGAUUGAAAUGUAAAGACUUUGCUUGGUAUUUAGAAACAGUUUAUCCAGAGUUAUCACUUCCGGACGAUAAUAAACAGAGUUUAAAAGAAAAAUGGAGUAAUGCAAAUCAACAAGCGAUACAGCCAUGGCAUUUAAGAAUAAGAAAUUAUACUGCUCAGUAUCAAAUAAGAUUGACUAAUUCUGGGCUUUGUAUUCAAAGUGAAAAAGACAUUAAAACAAAAGGUUCUAAAUUAAUACUAGUACCCUGUUUACGUGCUAAGUCUCAAAUGUGGUAUGAAACGGAUAAAAAUGAAUUGAUCCUGGGACAAAUGUUGUGUUUAGAAGGUAGUGGGAAGAUUCCUAAACUUGGGAAAUGCCAUGAAAUGGGAGGAAAUCAAGAAUGGCAUCAUAAAGGAACAACUGGUACACCCAUCUACAAUAUUGCUACCGGUACAUGCUUAGGAGUGAAACGAGCAAAUAAAUACGCACAAAUAAUAAUGGAUUUAUGUAUGAAGUCGGACGCUACAUCAAUCAGCUGGGAUAUUGUACAUGCGUUUCCUUCUAAAGAUGUGAGGUGAUCAACAUUGGAUCUUCAGUAAUAAAAAUAAAAAUUAACAUUAACGACAAAGCGAACAAUUUUAUAAAUUUUAGGAUAAAUUAAAAAUUUUUAAAUCUACACCAGUAAAAUUUUCAAUGAAUUUAUUAUCGUCGUAAAAAAUAUUAACUCAGUUAAUAUUUUUAUAUUAGAUAAUACAUAUGUAAAAAUUACUUGCAAAGUUCAAAAAUAUUUAAAUAUUUAAAGAAAGUUCAUUUAUAAAUUUGAAUUUCCCAGUAGAUACUAUGAGGUCAUUUAAUUUUUUUAACGAGUUUAAUUAGAUGUUUGAAUAUCUCUAUUAUUAUAUAAUAUAAAAUCAAGGAAAAACAAAAAAUACUUAUACUUUUAAGGCUGGGCCAUACGAACUGAAUUUUUGAAUUUGAAUUUUCUUUUAAUUUAUUAAUCAAUUGUUACUGCAGCACAAAAGUGCAACACAAAUUUUUUCGAAAAAAAUUUUCAUCAUUCGAGUGGCAUAACUAUUUAGAAGGAUAAAAUUCUUUGGUAAACUUUUUUUUUUACUAUGAAAAUUAUAAAAGUUCAAAAAAAGUUCCACUCGAAAUUCUAAUCUGUCUGAAAUUUAUAAGUUCAAAAUGUCAAACUUCUUCAAAAAGAAUUUUUUUUUACACGAGAAAAGCAAUAUGUUAAAUUAACACACAAAUAUUUAACAUAAAAUUUUUCCCUUGAGUUUUUUCUUUGCAGAAACACAAAAAUUUUUUCGUGUCUGCCCACCCUUAAAAUAUUUUUAAUUUUUAAUCUUCCGAUUAUUCUUCAACUUUAAAUAUUAAUAAAGAUGUUAUAAAAAUGUUAUAUAUAAAAUAUUAUACCAAAUCUUUUUAAAAAAUUUUUUUUGUUUGAAAUAAAUUUUUAUAUUAUCAUGCUCAUGCAAUUGCGAUAUUGUUAAUAAUGACCAUAAAAACAUACAUAAAAUACUAGAUGCAUACUUGAAAUAAGUCGCAUAGUUUUAUGAUAUUUUUUAAAAUAUUGUCUGUUUAUAAGUUGAUCUUUCAAGAAAAAUAUUUUGUUAUUUAUUACUUUAUAUUGGCAACUACUUAUAUUUUUUUA